UGUUUUUAGCAUUUUUUUUUAACUCAACUAUUCUCUCUCUCCUCCCUCUCUUCUUCAGACUUUCUCAUUCUCUCUCUCGGGUUUCCUCUCACUCUCUCGGUAGUGUUUGUGGGUUUUGGUGGUUCCGGUUGCGACUGUGGGUGUCGGUGGUUUCGUUUGUGGCGGUGGUUUCAUCUCGUCACGGUGGUUCUGGCUCUCGGUAGAAAAUAGAAGACAAUGGCUUGGAGGCAACUAAUCUUCAAAACAAGGACAAUCUCAAUCUCACCACAACCAUAUCAAACACCUGGCUUCUCUAGAUUCUUCUCCAAAUCGUCCUUGUAUGUAGAGAAGGUUGGCAUACCUGAAUUUUUGAAUGGGAUAGGGAAAGGUGUUGAAGCCCAUGUGGCUAAGCUUGAAACUGAGAUUGGUGAUUUUCAGAAGCUGCUUGUCACUCGCACUCUCAAGCUUAAGAAACUUGGCAUACCAUGCCAACAGAGGAAGUUGAUAUUGAAGCAUGCCCACAAGUAUAGGCUGGGACUGUGGAGGCCUCGAGCUCAGCCUUUAAAAUCUUAAUUAGUUUUGGAGUGGCUAGUCCUUCAAGGAUGAAGACCAAGAUAAUUGUCUGGUGGAGUUCGUGAUAGCUGGACAUUUACGCAUGAAACUGUUUAAUUUUUGAAGAGUUUGGUGUCUUAAUGUUUGUAAUCCUAUAAACAAUCUCAUGGACUGAGUUUAGUGGUUUAAUUCUAUGUAUUCAAUGCAUAAACAGCAUGAUCACUGCAUGCAUUAUCAUAUAAUUUCUUCUAACCA